AAGGGGGAGAGCACGGAGCAGCCAUGUUGAAUGGGGGAGGAGAAGGAUGGGGGGGAUCCAACAGGAGGCCGGCGGAUGGAUGGCGGCCACGAAGAGGGGGUGAAACUUCACUGAUAGGUCCGACUGCAGUGAGAGCGCCAGCAGCAGUGGCAGCAGGAGCGCAGGCACGGGCAGGAGGGGGAGCGGAGGUACCACUGAGUGUGGCGACGGGGGGGAUGCGCGGACAGAAUGGCGGUGGAGCAGUGGCUGGCAGGGGGGAUGGGGGGGCAGCAGUGGUAGCUGUGCAGGUGUUGGCUGGGGAGAGGGCGUUUGUGCCACUCGAUCCGUCCCUCACGGGUUCCAUAGUGAGUGUGAUUGCAAUUGGAUGGAUAAUCUGGAAGCCGUCGAGUCCGCCGAACAAGCGCGCGAGGCUGCGCGAGUUCAAGCACUGCAUUCCCCACGACGGGCACGAGUGGCUCAAGUACGGCCAGAAGGACAUCUCAGGCGGCCGCUUCUCACGGCAUUAUUUCCGCUGCAGCCACUCCGACAACGGCGGACGCCGCUGCCCUGCGCGCCGAGUGGUCGACGUGCACACGCUUUUCGGCCAGCCUGGCGCCUCUGACAUUGCUCCACGUGUCACCUACUCGGGCAAGCACAACCACGCGCAGCCUGCCUCUCGCACCCCCUCCGAGAACGAGUCUCUGUUAACGAAUCCCACAUUCCCUACAGAGCGCGCCAAUCUCACUGCUACUGGUAGUAUGUGGGAGCAGCUUGCAAUCACAGGUCACAUGUUCCCGCUCCCGCGUGCACAGCUGCAGCAUUCUCCAUGCUCUGAGAAGCGGCAGCACCAUGCGACCACACUCGACCUAUCUGUGAUUCGCAGCGGUUUGGCGAAGGAAGAUGGCGAGAGGUGUGACAACUCGUGCCCGCUCACACCCACCACGCCCAGCUCGCCACCACCGCUGUCCCCGCCACUGUCCGCCCCGCUGUCUCCGCAGUCGUCCCCAGCGCCUUCCACGCCGGUUUCCCCGCGGACUCCCGUUUGGCUCUGGGCGGUAUCAUCCAGCAGUGUGAUCCCGCCAUCACCAGGAGCAGCGGCGGAGGAGGCUGAGCAGGAAACUGGGGAGCUGCAUACGGGCUUGGCUAACGGAAAACGAAAGUGGUCAAUGCUGGUGAACGAGGCUGCUGCUGAUGACAUGUCACGAGCAGAUGUCAACUUGAAAGGGUGUCAAGGAUUCCAAGUUUCUGAAGUCAGCCUGGGUUUGAAUCAUGGGAUUCUGCUGCCAAGCGAAGAUCUUGAUACAAAUUCGAAGACUCCGUCGGAGCCUUUGGAUCAUGGGGUGCUGCUGACAGCUGCGGAUUGGGCUAGCGCGAGCAACAACUUUGACACGUUUGAUCUGAGCCCGUUACAAGGUGCUCCGAUUGGGACAGCAUGUCCAAACGGAGCUCCUGCUGCUCUUCCCAAAUCGGGUGCUCUGCAGCAGGCGGAUGCGUUUCAGCCAAGGGCUCGUGUGAUCGAAUCUCCUCAGAUUUGGCCAAUCACGGUGGAGGAGUUGCUCCUUCAGCUGGCAGGGAGGGGUUGGUGA